GUGCUGCUACCUAGCGUAUGUUCGAGUAACCUUAUUUACGAAGCGCCACCAUCUUGCGUCGCCUGCACUGUGCAUGACGGCUGUUCAUGUGUGAGGUUGUGUUUUCUUGUAAAAAUCGAGAAAUUUCAAUCAGAGAUGCCGAGAAAUAGACCUAGAACCACAACAAAAGCACAGUGGAGUAAAGAGGACUUAGAAAAUGCCAUACAAGCUGUACGUAAUGGAGAGUCUAUACGGAAAGCUUCCAAGAAGUUCAGCAUACCCUUCAGUACAUUACAAGAACGGAUCAAGAAGAAUCUUCCAAUUACCGGACCUUCCCUAGGAAGGCAUUCCACUUUCUCAUCAGAAGAAGAAAAAAGUAUGGCUGAGAACAUAAAACUUUUAGCCAAAUUAUUUUAUGGUCUAAAUCCGCUCGAAGUUCGUCGUGCAGCUUAUGUUUAUGCUGAGAAACAUAAUAUACAGCAUAGGUUCAACAAGGUGAAGCAGCUGGCUGGAAAAGAUUGGCUGUACGGUUUUUUAAAGAGAAAUCCAUCGAUAACUAUCCGGCAACCCGAGGCAACCAGUAUUAAUCGCGUAACAGCGUUCAAUAAAGCGGAGGUGACAUUGUUUUUCAAAAAUUUAGAAGACAUCAUGGAAAAACAUAUGUUUACUGCCUCGAAAAUAUACAACAUGGAUGAGACCGGUAUCAGCACCGUACAAGACCCUGGUACAAUAAUUGCCGAAAAGGGACAGAAAAGAGUUGGUUCAGUUACCAGCUAUGAAAGGGGAAAAAAUAUAACUGUCAUUUGCGCAGUGUCCGCUGCAGGGUCCUAUAUUCCUCCCAUGUUUAUUUAUCCAAGAAAGAGGAUGUCGCCUCAAUUGUGCAAAGGUGGUCCAACGGAAGCUAUUUACCAUUGUUCUAAAAAUGGCUGGACAAAUCAAGCUUUAUUUGUGAUAUGGCUUAAACACUUUGUAAAGUUUGCAAAACCAUCUUCAGCUGAGCCUAUUCUUCUUAUUGUAGACAAUCAUUACAGCCACGUGUCAUUGGAAGCAUACAUAUUUUGUCGAGAAAACUUCAUUGUUGUGCUCUCCAUUCCGCCACACACCUCGCAUAGAAUGCAACCGUUAGAUAUUGCAUUUUAUGGGCCCUUGAAAACCGCCUUUCGGAAGGAGUGUGAUUUGUUUAUGAAAAGCCACGCUUUGCAAAAAAUAACCCCGUACGAUGUGGCUUCUAUAUUUAACAAAGCCUACUGUGACACAGCUACAAUUCAGAAGGGGGUUUCUGGAUUUAACGCGUCUGGAAUUAUGCCAAUCGAUCCUACCAUUUUUGGAGAAGAAGAUUUCCUGGCUUCAGACUAUCUUUUGAGUACCUCAAACGACACUGUGACUGUCAGUAAUGACUCCACAGCAAAUCUUAUACACCAGGAUGAAGGAACACCUACUCCUGAGAUCAAUAACAAUUUGCCAGGAUCAAGCGCUCAAACACAGCCACUUCCAGGGCCUAGCAAUAUUUUAACGCCAAGUAAAACUAUAUUGUCUCCGUUGCCACUUCCAACAGCGACUAAAACUAGAAAACGGUCACAUAUGAAACAACACUCUGCCAUCCUGACAGCAUCACCUCUGAAAGCAGAUUUAGAAAGCAAGGAAAAAAAGAAAAAUGACAAACUGUCAAAAGACAACAAGAAAACUGACAAGAAAAAGACACACAUCACCAAUAAAAAAAUAAAGCAACCCAAGAAUAUCAAGACAUCAAAGAUCGCAUCACGACCCUCUUCUUCUUCAGAUGAAGAAAUUGUAGCUUCCAAAAGGAAGAAGAAAAUGUAUUCGAAAUCUUCUACUUCAAGCUCAAACUCAACAGACGAACAGGAUGUGGACAAUAUUUGCGACGACAACAGCGACGAUGACAUUUCUGUAUCACAUGAACAAGAAACAUGUUUCAUCUGUGAAGAGUUCGGAAAGAACGAGGUUUGGUAUAGAUGUCGAUGUUGUGGGCAAUGGGCCCAUAAAGACUGUAGUGGUGCCGAUGCUCCUGAUGAAUAUAUAUGUGAUUAUUGUGACCGCAAACAGAGGGUUCGCAAGCGUCUUAAUUAGUAACUUGUAUGUAUAAACUUCCGGUAAUUUCUUUUUUUCUUUAAAUAGACAUUAUAUUACUAUAAAAAUA